GUACCUUUAUUCUACAUACACUAGGCACGAUUCAAACCAUCGUCUGCAGGAACCUGAUAUUACCCGCCAGCACUCCGCACGACCCCAACAUGUCCUCGUCCGACUAGAUGCGGAGAAUGUCGCAGUACCAGUGGAAGCACGAUGCUGGUCCACAUAGAUUCCGUCGCUCGUGGAGUGACUGUUGGUUCUAUUGAUGGGAUCUGAGAUUAUAUCCCCGGACUCUAUGUCCUAAUAAGUGGGUUUCUUGGAAAAAGUAGAGAUGAGUGGAUGGGAUGAUGGGUUCGCGAUCACACCGUACCCGAGUUUCUGGCACCAUAUAAAGGAGUGCCGAUCCGCCUACUUUCGCGAAUGACCAUUGAGAUGCUUUUGUACAUCUAGUCUGGUGUCCCGGCCGCUGGACUUUUGAAUCCCUCGCUUGAAAUCUGGGACCAGUAGGCCAAACUCUCCAGACCGAGAUACCUGCGAGGAUAAUGGCUUCAUUCAUAUGGCUGGCCCUAGCCACAUGGGCCACGCUCAUCGCGGCCCUCGGACAAAAGCCCAUCGUCUCUUUCACACGCAGUCCGAAGGCGUUCCAAAUCGCCGGCGGGAGCCUUUCAAAGCCCCAGAUCCGCGUUUCCAGCGACGAUAGCUGGGGCGUGAUCCGCGCGGCGGGGGAUCUGGCGGUUGACUUUGGCCGCGUCACGGGGAGGAAUUUCACGCUUAGCAAUGGUGAGAAGGGAGGCGAGGCGGCGGUGUAUGAGUAUGCGGUUGUUAGUGCGAAUUACACGCAUUACUCGACCAACGGCACGGGACAUUUCACCGGGCCAGAGUAUACCGAUCCAUCACCCAAAGACACGGUGAUUAUCGCGGGCACCCUAGGCCGCUCACGCAUCAUCGACGAUCUAGUCAAAGCCGGCAAACUCAAAGUCACCGAAAUACAAGGAAAAUGGGAAUCCUUCGUGACCCAGAUUGUCGAGGAUCCGAUUCGCGGCUGUCCGCGAGCCGUCGUCAUAGCCGGCAGCGACCCGCGCGGAACCAUCUUCGGACUAUACGACGUCAGCGAGCAAAUCGGGGUCAGCCCAUGGUACUGGUGGGCCGACGUCCCGAUCCCUCGGCACAAAGACAUCUUCAUCCUCUCUUCACGAAAAGUCCAGGGCCCUCCAUCCGUCAAAUACCGCGGGCUAUUCCUGAACGACGAGCAGCCUGGCUUAUCAGGCUGGGUGCAACAGAACUACGACGACACGCCUUUCGGCGUCGGGUAUAACGCGCAUUUCUACGUGAACGUAUUCGAGCUUCUACUCCGGCUGCGCGCGAAUUACUUGUGGCCUGCGAUAUGGGGGUCGAUGUUCGAGGUCGAUGAUACCGCGAACCAGCCACUUGCCGACGCGUGGGAGAUUGUGCUGGGGAGCUCGCAUACGGAGCCGAUGAUGCGCGCGCAGAACGAGUUCGGGACGUUUUAUAUCAACGAGGGCCUCGGACCAUGGGCGUACGAGCAGAAUAACGCGACUAUUGAUGAGUACUUCGUGUACGGCGCGCAAAGAGCGAAGCCGUAUGCUAAUAAUAGUUUGUUUACGAUGGGCAUGCGAGGGACUGGGGAUACGGCUAUUGCGGGCCUUGGUGUUGAUGCUAUUGUCGCUUUGCUGGAGGCUGUGGUGAAGAGUCAGAGAAACGUCAUCGAGAGCGUCCUGGAUACCGAUGUCCCGCAGAUGUGGUGUCUGUAUAAAGAGGUCAUGUCGUAUAUACAGGAGGGACUGAGAAUCCCCGAAGAUAUCACGCUGUUGUGGGCUGAUGAUAAUUGGGGAAAUGUGCGAAGAGUGCCUAUUGAUGAUGAGAAAACAAGACCGGGCGGCGCUGGAGUUUACUACCAUUUCGACUAUGUUGGUGAUACUAGGGAUUAUAAGUGGAUUAAUACGAUUCAGCUGGAGAAGACGGCUGAGCAGAUGCAGCUUGCUUACGCCCAUGGAGCGGACAGGAUAUGGAUCGUCAAUGUGGGAGACUUGAAGCCUCUGGAGAUUCCCAUAAACCAUUUCCUAGACAUGGCAUACGAUAUCGAACAAUGGGGAGUAAGCGAUGUGGGCAAUUGGACCACUGCGUGGGCGACGCGGGAGUUCGGGCCAAAACAAGCAGCGGAAAUCACGGACAUCAUGACGCGAUUUGGCAUGUAUGCAGCACGAAGGAAGUUUGAGCUCGUCGAGCCGUACAUUUACUCCGUGGUGAAUUACAACGAAGGAGAUGCUAUACUUCAGCAAUGGCAGGCCUUGGUGGACGAUGCCCAAGCUGUCUAUGACAAGUUUGGAGAGGCGUAUCAGCCGGCGUUUUUUGAAAUGGUUCUGCACCCGAUCCUGGGAGGGCAGAUCAUUCACCAGGUGCACAUUGGCGCCGAGAAGAACAUGGUAUAUGCUAAUCAACAUAGAAACUCUGCAAAUGAUAUGAUCACUGAUGUUCUGGCUCACUUUAAAGCCGAUGGUGAACUUACGGCGAGAUGGGACAGCCUCCUGGGGGGUAAAUGGAAACGGAUGCUUGAUCAAACACACUUUGGAUAUGACGGUUACUGGCAACAGCCCAUGCGCAACGUGUUACCUGCAAUGGCUUAUGUGCAGAGUGCUGUGUCAUCUAUUGCAGGUAAUGUUGGCAUUGCAGUGGAAGGACUGAACGCCAGUAUUCCUGGCGAUGAUAAGUAUCACGCAAACUCAGGGAAUACCCUCGUUCUCCCGCCCCUCGAUCCAUAUGGACCGUCAACACGGUGGUUUGAUGUAUUCUCGCGGGGAACGAUGGAUUGCGAUUGGACAGCUACGGUUGAUAUAUCGUGGGUGAAGCUGUCGCAGAGUAAGGGGACGAUAGGGCCGGGAAACGGCACCGACACGCGUGUGCUUGUAUCAGUCGAUUGGUCGGCCGCUGAUAGCACGACGGCCAAUAUCACAUUUACUGCGGGAUGUGGGAAAGAAGGGUUUACUAGCUGGUAUAGCUCACCAACUGUCCAGGUUCCCAUAAACGUGCGUAAGAUACCCUCGAGCUUCACGGACGGUUUUGUCGAGUCGGACAAGACAGUAGCUAUCGAAGCCCCGAACUACCAACGCAUACACAAGCCAUCGAGCGCGACAGGCUCAAACGUAACAUAUCUUACCCUUGAGAACUACGGGAGGACAUCAGGAGGAGUCACGUUAUGGCCCCAGACAACAACCCCCCAAACACCGAGUACAGCACCUGCAUUAGAGUACGACGUGUACCUAUUCACAGCGAUGCCCAAAGUCAAAGUGACGCUCUACCUCUCGCCCACUCAGAACUACCUCUCAGACAAGACACCCCUAGAGUUCGCGGUGUCGCUAUUCUUGGCAGGAGAAGCACAGGCCGAGCCGCAAGUGGUCCGUUUCGUGCCCGACAGCAUUGGCCCGAACAUGCCGGCGGGCUGGGGCCGAGCGGUGGGCGACUCGAUCUGGGGCCUCGAUCCUCACCACAACACGACGACGCGGUGGGACGUGGCGAGCAAGGGGGCAUAUACGCUGCGCGUCUGGGGCCUCGCGCCAAGCGUCAUUGUGCAGAAGAUCGUGGUGGACUUGGGUGGUGUGCGUCCGAGUUAUCUCGGGCCGCCUGAGAGCUUCCUCGUCGGGAGAGAUCAGUAUGGCGCGAAUCACCGCACGAGCUUUGCUUCGACGCUGUAACGAAGACAGCAGAGUACCAUUACUUUUUGACAGUAAGGAAGGACAUGUUCUCUGAGGUAAAACAUUGUUUUAGGAAUAGCAAGAUAAUAAUAGAAUUUAAUCAUACCUCAGGAUAAUUUGAUCGAUCAAUUCAUCGCGUUGUCUCAGGAUGCGCUGUUCAGUCGCUAUUGGCCACGUGCUGUAGACUGG